AAUAUAAUUUCGAGCAUUUUAUAUAAAUCACAAGGAUGAAAUUUUAUAUAAUUGCAUGUGUAGUAUUAAUAGCAUUUAGUGUCUAUAGUAAUGGUGCCGAACAGACAAACUACGAGUACUACACAUCCGGUGGUAUCAAAUCGGGUCUGAGGGCCGACUCCGUAGACUUCACUCUCAACGGAAAGAAAAUCACUUUAUUUAGCGGUUCUUUGCAUUACUUCCGAUUACCCAAAGCCUACUGGAAGGACAGGCUACUGAAGUAUAGGGCAGCCGGACUCAACACCGUGCAAACAUACUCGCCAUGGAAUCUACACGAGGAGACCCCCGAUCACUGGGACUUCGAGACGGGUUUCCUGAAUCUGAAAGACUUCCUCGAUGCUGUCAAAGCCGCCGACAUGUUUGUCUUUUACCGUCCGGGCCCUUACAUAUGCAGUGAGUGGGACUUAGGGGGUUACCCCUCGUGGCUGCUCAGGGAUCCCAACAUGAAGCUCCGGUCCAACUAUAAGCCACACUUGGAUGCGACGGAGAAGUACUUUAAGAAAGUACUCGACAUUAUCAACGACUACCAGUUCACGAAAGGCGGUCCCAUAAUAGCCAUGCAAUUCGAGAACGAGUUCGGAGGCAUUCAUAACGACAACGAUAAGCAGUACUUCCAGUUCAUGAAGAAUGUCAUCGAUUCCCACGNCGAGAACGAGUUCGGAGGCAUUCAUAACGACAACGAUAAGCAGUACUUCCAGUUCAUGAAGAAUGUCAUCGAUUCCCACGGAUUCAAAGAAUUGCUCACUAAUUGCGAUCCGUUUGAUCAGGCAGCCGGCGCCGCCAAGAAUGUCCUCCCAGCACAGCCUAAUAAGCCCCUGUAUGUGACCGAGUUCUGGCCAGGGUGGUUUGACCAGUGGGGUGAAAAACACCACACCUAUGAUAUCAAGACAUUGGAAAAGGAGGUGACGGACGUACUGUUCAAACAGCACAGCCUAAUAAGCCCCUCCAAUUAUACGGAUAAGUAUUGGAAGAUAAAGGAAUUGAUUGAAAAGUUUACGAAAGAGAGAGGUUUACCACAACUUUCAAUACCUAAACCCCCGGCCGUGUCGUUAACCACUGGUUACGGGAAACUCAAAGUUAAGGAUUACUUGAGUUUAGAGGACGUGUUGACCAAAAUCAAGCCAAUCGUCACCGAAAAGCCACAACGCAUGGAACUAGCCCCUCAGUAUGAGCAUCUGGUGUUUCUCCAGCCACAACAGCUGUUGUUAUUUCUGAUAUUAGUCCUGAAUUUACUGAGCGUUAAACGUAACACAACGACUCAUACGUUGGAUAUAAUCGUCGAAAACAUGGGUCGAGCGAAGAUUGGGGACGGGAUUAAUACCGCCCGCAAAGGUCUUAACGGAGAUAUCAGUAUCGAUACAAAAGUUGCCACAAAUAUCCAGACAUUUCCGCUUGAAUUCAAAGAACCAUUUGUUAAACAAUUGUCUGAAUUAAAUGGAAAGCCUUUCGUUGAAGGCAUUAAAAGUCCAGCCGUUUAUCGGUUUGAAUUGGAUAUUAAGGACAGUCCUAAGGAUACAUUCAUACGACUGGACGGUUGGGUUAAAGGAAAUGUAUUGUAG